AUGGCGCAGUAUGAGGAAGUGCACAUGUCUGGCUUGGAAGAGUUCAGCCAGGCCAUGGAGAAACAUAAUGGCAAGGCCAUUUUCGCCUACUUUACAGGUUCUAAGGACGCUGGAGGGGAAAGCUGGUGCCUGGACUGCGUGCAGGGUGAACCAGUCAUACGAGAGGGGCUGAAGCAUGUUAGUAAAGGAUGUGUGUUCAUCUACUGCCAAGUAGGAGAAAGACCUUAUUGGAAAGAUCCAAAUAAUGACUUCAGAAAAAACCUGAAAGUAACUGUAGUGCCUACACUACUAAAAUAUGGGAUACCUCAAAAACUGGUAGAAUCUGAAUGUCUUCAGGCCAGCCUCGUGGAGAUGCUGUUCUCUGAAGAUUAA